UACUUGCUCAAGCGUACACAAUGGAGCAGGAAGUUUCAUUCUGGCUCCCUUAAGAGGAGACUGGGGCAGAAGCAACCUCACAGGUGUGAGCGGAUGCACCCACUGCUCCCAGGAUCACAGAAUGCAGCAAUGGCGACUUCUGGUAGUCUGGUUCCUCCUUUCUCCAGUUCCAGCAAGUGCAAUAAAAGAACUCCCUAAAGCCAAGAAUUAUGAAGUGGUUUAUCCCAUAAGACUUCAUCUGUUGCAUAAAAGAGAGACCAAAGAGCCAGAGCCAAAGGAAACAUUUGAAACUGAGCUCAGGUACAAAAUGACAGUAAACGGAAAGGUUGUGGAGCUAUACCUGAAGAAGAACAACAAGCUCCUAGCACCUGGCUACUUGGAAACAUACUAUAAUUCCAGUGGAAACAAGGUCACCACAAGCCCGCAAAUCAUGGAUAGCUGUUACUACCAAGGACACAUCAUAAACGAGAAAGAUUCAGCAGCCAGCAUCAGCAUGUGUCAAGGGCUACGGGGUUACUUCAGUCAAGCUGAUGAAAGGUAUUUUAUUGAACCUUUGAGCUCGGAGAUCUUGGAUGAGCAGGCACAUGCACUCUUCAAGGAUGAUCCCAAAGAAGACCAGGAGAACAGUAACUGUGGAGUGGAUGAUGCGCUAUGGCUCCAAGGACUGCAUCAGGAUGUGGUCCUUCCUGCCACCAGGUUGAUUAAGCUGAAUGAUGGGAUGGUCCAAGAACCUAAGAAGUACAUAGAAUAUUAUGUGGUCCUGGACAAUGGUGAGUUUAAGAAAUACAAUAAAAAUCUUGAUGAAAUAAGAAAGAGAGUACAUGAGAUGGCCAAUUAUGUCAACAUGCUUUACAAUAAGCUUGAUGCCCAUGUGGCCUUAGUUGGAAUGGAAAUCUGGACUGAUGAGGAUAAAAUAAAGAUAACACCAGAUGCCAACACCACCCUGGAAAACUUCUCUAAGUGGAGGGGAAAUGAUCUGCUAAAGCGAAAGCACCAUGAUGUUGCCCAGCUAAUCUCCUCAACAGAUUUUUCUGGUUCAACAGUUGGUCUAGCCUUCAUGUCUUCAAUGUGUUCUCCUUACCAUUCUGUUGGCAUUGUUCAGGACCACAGUAACUACCAUCUUCGAGUCGCAGGAACAAUGGCACAUGAAAUGGGUCACAACCUUGGCAUGAUUCAUGACUACUUGAGUUGUAAGUGCCCAUCUGAAGUCUGUGUAAUGGAGCAGUCACUAAGAUUCCACAUGCCUACAGACUUCAGCUCCUGCAGUCGUGACAAUUACAGACGAUUUCUUGAAGAGAAAUUAUCUCAUUGCCUCUUUAAUAGUCCUUUGCCUUCAGAUAUCAUAUCCACCCCAGUCUGUGGGAACCAGUUAUUGGAAAUGAAUGAGGACUGUGACUGUGGCACUCCCAAGGAGUGUACCAACAAAUGCUGUGAUGCAGAGACCUGUAAAAUUAAAGCAGGUUUCCAGUGUGCUUUGGGAGAAUGCUGCGAGAAAUGCCAACUUAAAAAGCCUGGGGUUGUGUGCAGAGCAGCAAAAGAUGAGUGUGAUCUGCCUGAAAUGUGUGAUGGUAAAUCCAGCCACUGCCCAGUUGACAGAUUCAGAGUCAAUGGCUUCCCUUGCCAAAAUGGGCAUGGCUACUGCUUGAAGGGCAACUGUCCCACCCUGCAGCAGCAGUGCAUGGACAUGUGGGGCCCAGAAACCAAGGUUGCAAAUAAGUCAUGUUACAAGCAGAAUGAAGGUGGGUCAAAGUACGGAUACUGUCACGUGGAGAAUGGUACCCACAUGCCCUGCAAAGCCAAAGAUGCCAUGUGUGGGAAGUUGUUCUGUGAGGGUGGGUCAGGUGAUCUGCCCUGGAAAGGACUUACAAUAGCUUUCCUGACAUGUAAAUUAUUUGAUCCUGAAGACAUCAAUCAAGGAGUAGACAUGGUGGCCAAUGGAACCAAAUGUGGAAAUAACAAGGUGUGCAUUAAUGCAGAGUGUGUGGACAUGGAGAAGACAUACAAGUCAGCCAACUGCUCCUCCAAGUGCAAAGGCCACGCAGUGUGUGACCAUGAGCUUCAGUGUCAGUGCAAGGAAGGAUGGGCCCCUCCUGACUGUGAGGAUUCUGCCACAGUCUUCCGCGUCUCCAUCAUGGUUGGCGUGCUCUUUCCUCUGGCAGCCAUAUUUGUGGUGAUUGCUAUAGUGAUCCAUCAUCAAAGUGCCAGAAGAAAGCAAAGGAGAGUUCAGAGGCUACCACCCAUCAAGGAUGCCAAGCUACACAAGCAGAAGUGUAGACCCCAAAAGGUGAAGGAUAUUCAACCCCAGGAGCUAAUCACAAAGCCAAAUUUCCCACCGCCACCAAUUCCUGUUUCCUGGGACGCGAAUGCAAAAGUAUGAAGCAACAACUAAACCAGGGUCGAUGAUCAGAUGGUCAGAGUGGAAGCGUUGAUGUUUUGGAAGGAAAGGACAUGUGCUUACUUCGUUCUUACUAGUGCUCUUGACCCUCAGAGAUUAACAUGUUCUGGUUUGUGCUAUAUUUUGAAGAUUAAAACAUUUAAGAAACACACAUUUGAAAAUAUCCAUGCUAAUUUAAAUGAUCUCCUUUCCAUACUCCUAGGGAGAUGGCUAAAGGAAUACAUAAACUGUAAAACUCUAGUUGAUCCCCUUUCCCCUUUAUUUUUACUAUAAUGUUGACUGAUAGCAUGAAUAUCUUGAAGACCUUAAUUUCCUCAUUUGGAUAGGAAUGAUGUACUCUCUAAUGAAAAUUAAACAGAACAGAAAGGACAAACAAAAUCAUAAGACACUGGGGGUGCAUUCAUUGCUAACUAAGUAGCAAUGUAUUGAUUCUUUUUACUUGUCAAAUUAGAACAUCCGGUUUAAAAAAUAUAUGUAAGCACCCUGUUCUAUGUGUCCGUGCUACCCUUUCUCCUGACGUUUGUAGUAACCUUGUUAUUUGGGAGUAUUCUACAAUCCAGUAAAAUGUGUUUAUUAGAAAAAAUUGGUCACAGAUAUUUGUAUGCUAACUACUGGCAUGGUUAGAGGGAACCUCCCUUUCUAAAUAGAUAAUGUUUCAGCUAAAGAAAUGAACAUAAACCAGAAGUCACAAACUAGGGACCUGCUGGCUUGGUUUGGAUUACAGAUGUAUUUUAUUUAGUCUAAAUUAAAGAUGUUGACCACACAGAGUUUAUUUUUUAAACUGUUUUUGGUUUCUUAGGAAUAAAUUUUAACUUGCGAGAUCGUGCAUAAACAUCUAAAUUCCUGGAUUGCAAGAAAAAAGUCAGAUCGUCUGUCAACAACAGAACCAUGUUGUCUUUAACAUCUUCAGCUUCAUUGACAGAUAGUAGAACCAACAUGGUUGGUUGGGUACCAAAUACCCCCUUCCUUGUUUUAGGAACUCUAAUUUAGUCUUGCUGUCCAGUUUUAGAAUGAUGGGCACAACUCAUAACAAUGCUAGCCCACUCAAAACAAUCACAAUUUUGUUUUUGCCAGAGAUUUGUAAGUAGAUGGGUAACUCCCCAUUUUGUUCCUGUGGAUGAGAGAGGAGACACGUUGGGAAAUUUCUGAGGGAUAUUUCUCCAUUCAUCCUUUCUUCUGGUUGUUGACAUCUGAUACUUCUGCAGCUGUGCUGUGAUCUGAAGACAAAGAUGAUGUGAACAAGAUAGAGCCGGGAGAUAAACAAAAUUCAACUGCACUUCCUAAGAUGUUAUUGAACUGGUAGAUUAACAAUUAUUGGAGUGGGUCCACUUUUUGCUAGGACUUCUUGUACAAUCAAUAAAUUUUCCUUGUUGUCCAAA